AUGACGGCGCCCAAGAUGACGGCGUCCAAGAUGACGGACUCCAUGCCACCCGAAUCGCCGGCGCACGUACCGGUGCUCCGGGACACCGUGUUGCGCUGGCUGGCCCCGCGCUCCGGCGGACGCUACGUCGAUGGCACUUUCGGGCGCGGCGGACACACGAAAGCCAUCCUCGAGGCCGCUCCCGGUGCUCGGGUGCUGGGUCUCGACAAGGAUCCGGAGGCGGCGCCGGCCGCGGCCGCGCUGGCCGCCGGGGAGCCUCGCUUCCGCUUCCUCGCGGGGGACUUCUCCGAGCUUGGUUCCGCGCUGGACCGCGUGGGUUGGGACCUGGUGGACGGGAUCCUUCUCGACCUCGGGCUUUCCAGCCCGCAGCUCGAAACGCCGGAACGCGGUUUUUCGCUCCGCCACGACGGCCCGCUCGACAUGCGGUUCGACCCGGGCUCGGGGGAGACGGCGGCCGAACUGCUCGACCGGCUCGAGGAGCGGGAGAUCGCCGAUCUGCUGUUCGGGAUGGGGGAGCGCCGGUCCCGCGCCAUUGCCUGGCGCAUCGUGGGGCGCCGGCCGCUCCGCACGACCGGAGAUCUGCGCGCGGCGGUGAUCGCCGCCGUCGGUCCUCGGCGGGGGCGCAUCGAUCCCGCCACCCGGACCUUCCUCGCGGUCCGUUCCGCGGUGAAUCGCGAGCCGCAGGUCCUCGCGGCCGCACUGCACGAGGCCCCCGGCCGGCUCCGGAGGGAAGGCGUCCUGGCCGUGAUCUCUUAUCACUCCGGGGAGGAUCGCCCCGUAAAGCACGCUUUCCGGCGACUGGCCGAGGAGCCCCGGUUCGAGCUGGGCACGCGGCGGCCCAUUCGUCCGGACGAAGACGAAUCCGGCGCGAACCGCCGGUCGCGGAGUGCGUGCCUCCGCAUCUUGCGCCGCAUCGAAGAUGCCCCGGGGGAGAUUGUGCGCCCUGACGGAGAUGGACGAUGA